AGGAACACUCAGCUUGCAACCAACCAACCCAGAUGAACUCCACUCCGAUCUCAACUGGCAACUUACUCAACAGACAGAUCAUGGGAGCAUACCGAAAACACCAUAUCUCACUCAACAGCACCCCACUACCAACAAACACCACCACCACCACCGAAGCAGCAACAGCAACAACUAGUACUACCACACCAACAACUAUCAACUUAACCGACGAACUAACUACCAACCAGGAGAAACUCACAAUCGAUCACUCCCAUUCAGAACAUCCUACUACAUCCUCAACCUCAAAGAGGAAACUCAACUCAACCCAUGAAAACCUCAAUCGAAUCACCAAUCAAUCAACUCAUUCACCAACUACCAUCAAGCGAACCAAAUCUGCAUUCAGCAACUCAAAGCAAAGCGGAAACCCUUCCUCAUCAUCACUCAUCAAGGAUACAACCCCUUCAGUGACCCUCUCAGAUCUCGGUGGGAUCGAUGGAACGGUAGAAAGACUAUUAGAAUUGAUCGGACUGCCAAUCCUUCAUCCAGAGAUAUUCGAAUUUACCGGUCUCAAACCAAUCAGAGGACUCCUACUAUGCGGCCCUCCAGGUUGCGGAAAGACGAUGUUGGCGAAUGCGAUCGCAAAUCAGUUGGGCGUCCGACUGAUCAACGUCUCCAGUACUAGCAUCGUCAGUGGAAUGAGUGGCGAAAGUGAGAAGGCGAUCAGGGACAUCUUCGAACAAGCUACUAAACAAGCACCAUGUCUGUUGUUCAUCGAUGAAAUCGAUGCUAUUACUCCUAAGCGUGAAACUGCUCAACGAGAAAU